GACAAGUGCCAGCUGAACUGAAACUAAAAGCUUCAGAGAACUGAAAUCAUUGUGAAGGGAAUGGGUAUGGCAUUCGCGAACACUCUCACUCUUCCUCUCUUGAACCCUUCUCAUUCCUCUUCUUCAAUCACCAAGUUCUUCGCUUUCUCCCUACCCAUUUCCAAAACCAACACCAAUUUCCGCAUCAAUGUAAGGUGCACAACUAAUUCGGUUCGAGCCAUGUCUUCUUCUUCUUCUUCUUCUUCUUCUUCUUCUUUUGGGUCUCGCCUCGAAGAGACCAUUAAGAAAACAGUUGCUGACAACCCAGUUGUCGUUUAUUCCAAAACCUGGUGCUCGUAUUCUUCUGAGGUGAAGUCAUUGUUCAAGAAGGUCGGUGUCAACCCAUUGGUUAUUGAAUUGGACGAAAUGGGUCCACAAGGGCCACAGUUACAGAAGGUAUUGGAAAGGCUUACAGGGCAAUACACUGUGCCAAAUGUAUUUAUUGGUGGCAAACACAUUGGCGGCUGUACAGAUACACUGAAGUUGUACCGGAAAGGAGAACUUGAACCUUUGCUAUUAGAAGCCAAUGCAAAAAAUACAGAGAGCUGAGCCAUUGAACCUGAUUCCUUCACAAUUUGUUACUUUAUCGACUAAUGCUAAAAAUGCUGAUACAUUCAAUGUCUGUCAGACAUGUUUGGUUGAAAAUUGAGUACAUAGAAGAGUGGUUAAAUGGAGUUGGGAUUGUUUUCAAUUUCUAUUCUCAAAAUAUUAAUAUAUUCAACUCUUUUAAGUAUUCUUUUAUAUACUAAUUAUUUA